AUGAGUGUAGAACAUCAUAUGCUAGAACUUGUAGGCCACUGCGACGGCAUCAUUUGUCUUCGACAUCAGAUUGAUGUGGACCAGCCUUAUAUUCCACCUCUUCCAUAUGUUCCAGAAACACCACAAAACCUUGCCUUGGGAUUACCAAAAACAUCAGAAACCCUUGGCGCGGGAUUUGGUUAUGAUGACAAAGCAAAAGUGCACAAGGUUGUUAGAGUUAAAUUUGUCUUGGCCGUGCCGGAUCUCAAUCUUAUUUAUUCAAGAGCAGAGGUUUACAACUUGGAUGCUGAUUCUUGGAGAGAGAUCGAGUGUCAUACACAAGAAGCUCAUAUUUUCCCACAUGUUUUCCUGACGUACUUGAACGGAAUUUUUUAUUGGUACGGGAGUGACACAAGGACUAGUCUGGAAGUCAUCGUUUCAUUUGAUAUGGCAGACGAGAAAUUUCAUAAAAUAACAGUACCAGAUAGUUUCGAUGAUCUAGAGAGACAACAAGCUUGA